AUGACGGGAAUUAUUGGUAGCGUGGUUCAGUGUGAUAUAAGAAGAUAUAAGUUCAGUUUACGUAACCAACAGGACGGUGAAAGUGUAGCUCAGUACAUUGCUCAAUUAAAAAACUUAUUUAAAUACUGUGAGUUCGGUGCUAGUCUAAAAGACUAUUUGAGAGAUCGUCUUAUUUGUGGAAUCCGUUCAGAAUCUACUAAACAAAGACUUUUGUCAGAAGCUAAUUUGACCUUCGACAAGGCUGUUCAACUGACAUCGCAGAUUGAGAUAGCAGAGAAAAGCGCGGCAACGUUGGCGCCAGGCAGCCAUGACACCAGCUCAGUUCGCUGCGUCCAUCGGCUAGCAACGUCGUCGGCUAGGCGUCACUACAACGGACGUGAGUCAGCGCCGAGCGGGAGAGACAACUCUUCGCGCCACCACACCAACGCUUCGCGUCACCACGCCACGCCGAGUACCACACACGCACAUCAGUCCAGCAGCACUAGUGUAGUGAAGUGUAACUGUUGUGGCGCCGUAGGUCACUUCAGUAAGCAGUGUAAAUAUUACGGUUGUGUUUGCCAUAAAUGCGGCAAAACAAAUCAUUUAAAGAAGGUAUGCCGAUCUCAGGCUAGGGUGACAGAUCAAACAGCUGAGGUAAUAACAGCUGAGAGCCAGCAGACAGCGCGCUCUGGCUGUGCCGACGACAAUCCAGUAGGCAGUAACCGCACAGCUGAUGCGCCGCGGCAUUCUAUUUCUGUCCGCCCCAGUACAGCUAUGUCGCCCCACGCUUCUCAUACUCACACUACCUACACCAGUCCUAUUACUCAACGUUCACCACUUGCUCGUUCCACUCCUGUUCGCAGGUAUCCUCAACGAGAGCGAAAGCCAAUUACAAGGCUAGAUUUGUAAUAGUAGUUUAACAAGUGUAUUAUGGAUAAUGAAUUUAUAAUGUGUUUUAUUCCAAUAUUUUAUUAUUAUAAUUAUUCCAAUAGUUGAUGUAACAAUAUUCUUCUCAUUUUGUAUUAAAAAAAGGGUAUUACAGGUUAUGUGCUUAAGAAUUUAUGUUCAAUUUAUGUAAUUGUUUUUUAAUGUAACAAAAUUGAGUGUCUAAUUAAGAAGGGAGGGAUGUGAUAUCUGUGGUAUAUUGCAUAUAUAUUAUAUAGUGCAGGACUAUAUCGAUUCUUACAGUGUAUGUAAUAUGUUGGCAAUAGAUAUCGUAUGAAUAAAUCCUAUUGGCCAAGGGAUGACGCUCCCCCCUCCUUGUCCUACCCCCACCUCUAAAUACCUCAGUCAUCAACCGUAACCUCGAUGCUCCGGUCCACUCCAGUGUGUUAU